AUGGUUCGUCCAACGAAGAAGGCUGCUGCUGCUGCUGCUCUGAAGACCGGUGCGGUUGAGCGCUCGCCGCUGGACAAAGGGCAUCAGACGGAGCCUGCAACGCCGGAGCCAAUGUUGAAGGACACGGUCGGGCCGUUCGCUGCUGACGACUUUCGGAUGUCGCUGGAAAAGAAGCUGGCCUCGCUGAGUUUUAAGACCCUGGAGGACAAUGCAUCCGGGGGGACAAGCGCUACGGAACAAGAGAAGGGAGACAUUGGUGGUAAAGACGCGCCGGCUUCGGAAGCCCGUGUGGAUCCUGUGGAAGAAGAAGAUGAGGAUGAGAUACCGGACGAUGGUUAUUUGAGUGAUGACCCAGAGGAGCGGCUGGACCCGGUCCGUGCGGGGGAGAUCGCGGCUCUGGCAGGCUACACACUUACCCUGCUGAUCCCGUUGGAAUUUGACAAGGAGGUCCCGCGCACUAUGGACACAAUGGCGGAGUUGUUGGUCGUCUGGAAGAAGGCGUUGUCCCCGCAUGCGCAGAAGACAACGAAGAUGCAGACCUUGCUGCCAGCUUACCAGUCGAAGAAACGCUUCGGGAGGAUGCAAGUUACCUUUCGCGAGGCUGCAGAUGCGAACUACGUCUGGUGCAGGCGAGUGGAGCACAUCUGCGCGGACGGGAAAACUAAGCUGGUGCUGAGCUGGCAGCACCCGGAGAACCCGCUGUAUAUCAAGGAGCGCGCGAAGAACCCGGAAGCGGUUGAAGUCCUGUUGAAGGAGGUUCCUGCGGAGAUCUCGCCGGAUAUGAUUUACAAGCUCCUGGUUACCACGCCGCUGGAGAAGCGAGGUCGCCCACCGUACCAGUUUGGCGCUGCUUUUCACCGAGUGGUGGAUCCUGUGACGGGAGCUGACACGCAUAAGAUAAAGGGGUUGGUGAAAGUCCACCCGGGGGAUAAGUAUCGAACUGGAAUGCUGACAGCCGCCUCCCACCCUCCGUGA